CAUUGGGCGGACGGGUCGGAUAGGUAGUUAUGUCUUCCAUGUGAACCAAGCCCACGAGUAGAGAUCGAUCAUAAAGGGCAGGAAUGGGCUUCCUGUUUUCCGAGAGAACUCGAAUUCCUUUUUUGCGGUUCACCAGCUUAUCACUCGAAAAAAUCCUCACGAACAUACGAUCGAUAUCGAAAUUCCCACCUCACGAUGGCGCCCUUCUUCCCGCGUGAAGGUAUCUUCACGCUCGACGCACUCACCAUCCUACUUAAAAGGACCCUGCUCAACCCAACAUUAACCCUCCCGAUAUUCCUCGCGCUCCAGUACACCCCUCGCGGGCAAGCUCUCCUCAAGUCACUCGGACCACGCGGAGCCAAGCUAUUCUCGAAGUUCAAAAUCCUCCUUGCGCUCGGCCUCGUGGGCAGAAUCAAUGGGUUUCUGUCGCAGAUGAGUUCGAAUAACUGGCGGCGGGAUAAGUUCAGCCCAUCAUCCGAGAUCGUGGUGGUUACCGGUGGCAGCAGUGGUAUUGGCGCGGCGAUGGUGAGAGAGCUCACAAAGCCGGGUCUGGGCAUCAAGGCGGUGGUCGUUCUGGAUGUGCAGCCGUUGCUGUACGAAGCUGCCAAAAACGUCCACUUCUUCGCCGUGGACCUCUCCUCGUCCGACAACAUCGGCGAAGUCUGCAAACGCGUGCGCGAGGAGGUCGGCAACCCUACCGUCCUCAUCAACAACGCCGGCGUAUGCCGCGGCAAGACGAUCCUCGACUCCUCCGCAAAGGACAACGAGCUCACCUUCGCCGUCAACACGCUCAGCCACUUCAACCUUGCGCGGGAAUUCCUGCCCGCGAUGAUUUCGGCGAACCACGGACAUGUCGUUACCGUCGCUAGCAUCGGCGCAUACAUGGCUGCCCCGCAGAUGGUCGACUAUAAUUCCUCCAAGGCGGCGGCUCACUGCUUCCAUGAAGGCCUGGGCCUCGAGUUGGUGCAUCGGUAUAAUGCACCGAAGGUCAGGACUACGCUCGUUAGCCAGGGAUAUGUCAAGACUCCGCUAUUCCAGGGGUUUAAGAAUACUAACUGGUUCAUGCUCCCGGGUUUGGAGACGGAGACGGUGGCCGACGCCGUGGUGGAGAAGGUCCUCAGGCAUCAGAGCGGACAUAUAGUCCUACCAAGGAUGUAUAAUCUCUACACUGGUAUCCGUGGCUGGCCGAUAUGGUAUCAGAACAGGGUGCGGGGGCAAACAAAGAACCAUAUGAGCAAAUGGAAUGGGAAGCAGGUGUUGAAGUAAGGAGAUGUGGUCGGAGCUGGGUGGGGGGUGGGGUCGAUGGAGGUGGAUAAUGAUGAUGUUGAUAUGCUGUCUUCAAGCCUUCCU